GGUUUGUCGUGUGAAACUCAAGUCACACAUGGUUUCCCAGCGGCUCGACCCGUCAGACAGAUGUUUGAAAUCGAAAGAAGACAAACUUUACACUUUACACGUUUGUACUUUACAGCAAUGUGAUUUGGAUCAAAAUGAAGAUGUUUGAAACUGAAAGAAGACCAAUUCUCAGUUUGUACUUUACAGCCAUGUGAUUUGGAUCAAAAUGAGGGAUCACGGAUGAGAUAAUAAAAAUGGUUCAGGGUCCGUGUGAUGUCAUCGCCCUCUGCCUGAGCCUCAUCGGUCUGAUUGGUGUCGCCACUGUUACGGCUCUCCCGAUGUGGAGAGUCACUGCAUUCAUAGGAGAAAACAUCAUCGUGAUGGAGACCCGCUGGGAGGGUUUGUGGAUGAACUGCUACAGGCAAGCCAACAUCCGAAUGCAGUGUAAAGUGUACGACUCCCUGCUGUAUCUUCCUCCUGAUCUGCAGGCGGCCCGCGGAUUGACCUGCUGCUCUCUGGCGCUGUGUGGAUUCGGGAUAAUAGUGUCCCUCUUCGGCCUCCGUUGCAUGUCUUGUCUGAGUGAUCAACCACGCAACAAAAGCAUCAUUUUAAUGAUCACUGGCAUAAUUGAAAUCUUAGCAAGUUUUUGCAUCGUCAUCCCUGUCUCCUGGACGGCCCAUACUAUUAUCAGAGACUUUUACAAUCCGUUACUAUUGGAUGCCCAGCGGAGAGAACUGGGAGAGGCUCUGUAUAUCGGUUGGGUAACUAGCGCGUUUCUUUUGGCAUCUGGAGUCAUCUUUCUCUGUCGUCGUGUUGAUUCGAACGAGCAGCCAUUUUAUGCUCGUCCACCACGUAAUAAACAAGUUCUGAAUCAUUUCCAGGCCUUUAACUCUCUCCGUCGUCAGCCGUUGCUCCAGAAUAAUAGUUUUUCCACUCCUCAGCAUUCAUCAGCUGCAUUCAGCUUUGCUGUCACGCCCUCUAGUGGUCAAUAUUCACAGCACAACGUGCAGCCGGUGGUCAAUGGGUCUUUAGUAUACAGUCCAAACAUGAUUCCACCUCAGAGAGUGAAUUAUCAUGGGCAGAAUGUAAUGCAAAGUCAGAUUUUAGCCAGUAACGCACAGUACCCCGUCAGUGAUCCUCGGGAUUCCUUUAACACCGGGUCUGCUUUUCAUCCUGUGCAACAGAACCCACUCUAUGUCGGGUAUAAUUACUCCCGGGUACAGUCUGGUAGCUCCAACAGUAGCACAGGACUGCGGAUAUAAGAGUUUCUCUGUGUUUUAUCUUUUAUUUUAAAAUAAAGAGUGCUGAAAAUUCCA